UCAUACCUUUUUCUUGUAACUGAAUCUGUGUGCGCUCUUAUUCACUGUCAUGGGGCCUCGUGUUGGCCGAAACGUAAAAUGGUGCCAAUGAAAAGCAGCAGGAGCGGGAGCGAGAGCCGAGGGAUCGUAACACUGGAGCUCAAGGAUAAACCAUGGACUCUGCAUACAUCCCACUACACCUGGACGUCCACCAUGUUCCCUGCUAACCUCCUGCUCCUCAUGGUCCUGCUGCUACCUCAAGCCUCGUCUGGUCGCCAGGGUGGAGACACCAGCAAGAUCGACCAUGGCAGGGUGUCCCCCGUGCCUUCCUCCUUGUCGCCCCCACCAGCUGGUUCCCUCCUCCUGGAGCCCAGUCUGGCUCGGACCAUCCAGAAUCUCCUCCUGAGCCGGCUGGGCCUGCAGUCGCAGCCCGACCCUCGGCCUGGAGUGCCGGUGCCUGGGUACCUCCUUAAUCUUUACCGCUUCCACCAGCAGCAGUACCAUCUAGUGGAGGACCCCUCGUUUAUCUUCCCCAGCCAGCACAUCCAGCAGGCCAACACCGUACGCAGCUUUCACCACAACGAGCCCCUUGGAGACAGCCCUUUAGCAGUGGAUCGUAAGAGGGUGCACAUCUCCUUCAAUGUUUCCUCCAUCCCUCAAGAUGAGAGGGUGCUCUCCGCUGAGCUUCGGCUCCUCCGCAGUGACAGAGCCUCACUGGGUCCUGGGGUCCACAGACUAAACCUAUACCUCACUGAGCACCAUGAGGACCCUGAGCCCACCCUGCUGGAGACAAGGUUACUCACCACCGGCCUCCACAGCCAUAAAGCAAGUGGUUUCUGGGAGGCUUUUAGCCUAAAUGCAGAGCUCCUCCAUAAGGCCCUUGCUGGGACUGGUAGUCUGGGCUUCUUCCUGGAGGUCAGAAUUGAGAACAGCACCACAUUGAUCCCUGAACAGAGCCUCUUCCCUGCCGCAGCUGAGGAGGAGGCAGAGAAACACAAAAAAGGACACAUGAGAGUAUGCAGGUCUGUGGGUCAGGACGAGCAUAGCUGGGCCCAGGAGAGACCCCUCUUGGUGGCUUAUAGUCAUGACGGUCGUGGAGAGCCCUUGGUCAAACAUGGCAGGAGGACCCCUAAUGGAGGCCAGAGGAUGAGAGGGAGAAAGGGGACAAAAGACAGGACCAGGAGCAGCAGCAAGGGCCGCAAUAGAGACCAAGCCUCGGGCAGGGACAAAAAAACGGUGUAUACGGUGCCGGGCUGGGGGGCUGUUAAAGGAGGGGUCGGUUGGAGCGAUGGGGGAAGGGUGAAAAGAAAUGGUGGUCGUGCUGCAAAACUGAAGCGCCUUUCUCGUAACAGAUGUCGCCGCCAUCCUCUAUAUGUAGAUUUCAACGAUGUGGGCUGGCACAAGUGGAUCAUUGCACCCAGCGGCUACGACGCCUUCUUCUGCCUGGGAGAGUGUCGCUUUCCUCUGGCCGACCACAUGAACUCCUCUAGCCACGCCAUGGUGCAAACUCUGGUAAACUCUGUGAAUGGAGCAGUGCCUCGGGCCUGCUGCGUCCCCACCUCCCUCAGCCCCAUCGCCCUGCUCUACCUGGACCCUCAAGACCGAGUGGUGCUGAAGAAUUACCAGGACAUGGUGGUGGAAGGCUGCGGCUGCCGGUAGUGGACUGGAGAACUCACCCAGAGAAAGCCAGACGUGGAUGGAGCAACAACGAGGGAAUAGGAGAAAGACAGAAGCUUGAAAAAGGCAGAUGGUGGGAAGAAGAGACGCCAGCUAACUGCAAGCAGACAUGGAGACUGAUAGAGACAAAUGUAACAGCGCAAGAAGGGUGAGGGGAGAGGAGGGAGAUAAGGGAAUGGAUAUAGCAGCUAAAUAUGAAUUAUGAGGAGCAAGACAAAUAGUCAGACAUAGAAUGAGAAAGACAAAGAGUGAACAGACAUAAUCUACCACACAACAGGAUAAAUGAUUCGACAAUAAGGCAGAGGAAGCAGAAAUAUGGUCAACACAGAUAUACUGCCAGGAAUUACUUUUCACGUUUUACCAUUUAGCAAUGAUGCAGCUGUUUACACCAUCAACCGACAGGCUACUUGUUCUCUCGCGAGAAGCCAGCGCUUAAAUAUCAGAUGGCGUCUAUUCUAUAUCCCAGUGUUUGCCAAUCAUCUCAUACGACUGUCUCACAGGCACAUGUGUUUUAGCAGUGGACACACAAAUUAAGCUCUGGAGCAGAAUCCUGUAACUUCCUCAUUGACUUCCUGAUGAUCCGAUGAUCGACAGCAUUAGCAAUAUGACGAUGGCACUAGUACGGCUUCUAAACUUUGUGUGACAGUGAUGUUUCUGCAGUAUUUGAACCAAGAAGUAGGGUGCAUCUGUAAUAAGAAUGUUCAUAUAAUGACAGACUGUCCCCUUACAAGCGCCCCUACGUCACAAGCUAUUUAAAACCACAACAAUAAUGCUGAGGAACUAUUAUGCUAUUGUUUGAAUGUACUACUAUCACUAUUAUUUAAAAAAGAGAUUUUUUUAUGUACAUUUAUUUUGCAGACAUGAAGAAAAUCCAAGUGAUGGUUGUCUUGUGAUUUUACAUAAUUCCACUGAAUGGCGAUUCUAACUUAAAAGACACAUUAUGUAUUUAAGUAGCAGCAAUAUGGUGUAUUUAAUCUUGAAAAUAUUUAAGAUACCUGCACUCAGCAGAGCAUACAGCAAAUGAAAUAAGAAAGCCUGCCAUCCACAUGAAGUAAUUUAUGGUAGCUUUACAUCAGUACAAAUGUUCAGUGUAUUGACUCAAGUCUGUGUUACUUAAUCGUCCCACCUUUCACACAUUUUGGUGUCCUACACAUGACAGCAGACAUAAGUGGUGUUGCCUUUAAAAGCUCAACUAACAAGUCAAUUGAAAGCUCUUUGUAUUGUAGCUACUGAAGUGUGUAACAACAGGUGUCUUUGCUAGUUGUGUCUGCAUGUGUCAAGAAAAAAAAAAAGCAGGACCGACAUUAAAACUGGGACUUUAGUGCCUUUCAAACAGGGGCUUUAAAAGUGUUCUCUGCUGAGCUUAGUAAAUGUUUUUCCGUGUUGCAUUUUUCUCUCUAAUGUUAAGCAACAGCUUGUAAAAUGUUUGACAAUAUACCUCUAAUAAACAAAGCAAACAGCA